AUGGAUGCCGUGGGAGGCACUGUUAGCAUUUUUCGUUUCAUACAUCAAUGUUUCAGCCACAUCAAGCAAGCUCGUGGCUUUGAAGACGAAUUCGGAAUCUAUCAGCUGCAACUCCAAAUGCUCCUUGUCCGCUGUGCCUUCAUUUCCAGAAUUAUUAAUGAUACUAAUGGGUCGGGGAAUCCGGUCCAAGAUGCAAUAGAGAGCUCAGAAAAUAGAUCGGAAGACCAAGAGCCAACAACAGCCGAGGCUCUCUCUGCCAUUCAAGAAGCCUUGCGCAAAGCUAAGCGUGACGCCGCAAAGAUCAAGACCGAUUGCACUACAUGUACCACUAAUACCCUCCCGCUGCAAGACCCCACUACGGACGACCUCAAAACAAUACGACUUCGGAUGACGGCGUUUCUUGACAAGCACAAAAUCCAAGCUGCGAAAUCAAUUGAAGGAGUCAAGUGGGCUUUAUACAAGAGAGAAAUGCGCGAUAGGUUUAUCACAGAAAUAUCUACCCUGAUUCUACAACUCGAGCGCCAAAUCAACACGGAAAGUCUGGCGAUUGAGGAUGCUGGGCUGAUGCGUCUGCAUGGCGCGCCUGUGACUCUUGUAUGA